AUGGCGGCCGCGCUGGGAAGGCUCCUGCGGAGCGCGCCCGGGGCUCGGCUGGCGGCCCUCAGCGCUGUUUUCUCCCCCCCCGCAGGCUCGUCGCGGUUUACUCCAGCCGUUACACAACACGCCCCGUUUUUUAAAGGAACGGCCGUUGUUAACGGGGAGUUCAAGGAGCUGAGCCUGGAUGAUUUCAAGGGGAAAUACCUGGUUCUCUUCUUCUACCCCCUGGACUUCACCUUUGUCUGCCCCACAGAAAUUGUGGCUUUCAGCAACAAAGCAAAUGAAUUUCAUGAUGUGAACUGUGACGUGGUGGCAGUUUCUGUGGAUUCUCAUUUUUGUCAUCUGGCCUGGAUAAAUACGCCACGAAAGAGCGGCGGUUUGGGCAAAAUGAAUAUUCCAGUUCUGUCAGACCUCACAAAACAAAUCUCCCGUGAUUAUGGGGUGCUACUAGAAGGACCGGGCAUAGCACUAAGAGGUCUCUUCAUCAUUGAUCCAAAUGGGAUCAUCAAGCAUCUGAGUAUCAAUGAUCUCCCCGUCGGUCGCAGCGUGGAAGAGACCCUCCGUUUGGUGAAAGCAUUCCAGUAUGUGGAAACACAUGGAGAGGUUUGCCCGGCAAACUGGACUCCAGACUCCCCUACAAUCAAGCCAAGCCCAGAAGCUUCUAAAGAAUAUUUUGAGAAAGUGCAUACAUAAACGCUCAAAUAUGUGGACAAAACUCUUAGUUACCAUAAACUGAAGACAUCAGGAAGGCAGCUGUGAUUGUAUGAAAAAAAAAAAAUCAAAUCAAAGGUCUCAUUUUCUCAUGUUUAAGAAGAAAUUAAAUGUUGAAAUAUUUACUGACUCCCUUGUCUUGCUUUAAAAAGAAGGCUAAAAACUAAGGCU